CAUUAAUAUAAACCUGUCUCCGAAUAUAAUUUCGUAUUAUUCAACUGAAAAGGAAAGCCAGCAACGACAAGUUACCGUAAAUGGAAGUUUCCGGCGUUGUUUGUGGUGUCAUAGCGCGGCGACAGCAAACAACCAUCAUAAAUGUGCGUAGCGCCAUUUAAACAAAGCUCUCAUCGGCCCAUACAAGGCAAAUAAACACAGCCAGCAAGUAGUAGUCAAGCUUGUUCUGCUACUGUGCUGUUUGCUUCUCUGGUUGCCAUCGCUGUCAACGGAUGUUACUCCAUUUCCAUUUAUCCAUUUUCUGGUUAUUCAGUUCUUGUGCAGCGCUUGUGGGGGCGGCGGUUUUGCUCGGUGGAUAGCUCGUUUCAACUCCAAACUACGGUUCGUUCUCACACAGACACCACCGCGUUCGGCUGAAUCAUAAAUUCUUCAGUGAAAAUUUUCUUUAGUAAAAAUAAAUCUGACAAAAAAAGUUAAUAAAAUCCAAUUGGAUUUUUAAUAAAAAUUGUCUACGCAUGCAACACUCUGUUUAUAAUCUAAAUUGAAUGUGUUUUUUUUAAAGUCUAAUUGAGAAGUAGUGAAAAAAGAAAUAGUUUUAGAGUUUCAUAUAAUAAAAAGUCUAUAGCACUGCUGUUAAAGUAGGAAAAGGAAGGAAAUUUAGUGUGCGUUUGUGUGUGUAUAUGUAAAGUGUAAAGAGUAGUAGAUAGCAGUGGGUGGAUAAAGAGCAGUGUGGCAAACGGGACGUACACGCUACACAGUGAAGUGGAAGUGCGUAAAAGAUAAAGACGACAAGUACACACACAUAUAUAUAUACAUAUGUAUACAUAUAUUGAAUUGGAGUGGAGCUGAGUGGGUGUUCGAAAACGAGGAAGCCGAGUGCAAUACACAAGUAGGCAAGUAAGCAGACAAAGUUGUACUUGAGGGGAGCACUGUCAAAGUUUGGAAGGAGUGCUCGAUUGGAGCAAAAUUGCAGAGUAUAGCUUAUGCAUGCAUGUAUGUGUGGGUGGGCGAGUCACGACGAACAAAUCGAAUCGGCGAAGAACGACAGUUAAAUAAAGCGGAAGAAGGUGAAGAAGAAUGCAUUUAUGAAUAUACGGCGAAUACGAGUGAUAAAAGGCAAAACCAAAUAAGUGUAUUGAGCGCUGGACUAUAUAUGCAUAUAUGUAUGUAUGUAUGUAUGUACGUAUGUAUGGGCAAACAUAGAUGGAAAUAAAAGGCAAAAGAAAAUAAACACUUACAAAUAGGCGAUGAACUACACCCAAAAAAAGUGCUGCCAACAGCAACACGGGAAGCCAGGCGCAUACAUAAAUGUGUGAAAAAAGAAAACAAAUAACAUUAAAGUACAUAUGAACAUAUAAACAAAAUAUAAGGAAUAUUAUAAAAUUAAUUCCUACUCUAUUGUACUUUUAAGUACUUAAGUGUAUGCCAGUAUACAAACUUCAUAUCGUAUAUACACAUCAGUAUUUAUGAAAUUAUACAGACAAAAGCUUAUAAAUUUCCACAUACAUAUGUCGUAUGUAUGUAUAUCUGCUAGUGUGGGCAGUGGCGUAGGAAAUUAGUAGUUGCACAAGCUAAACGGAACCGAAAACACACAUUCAUCUAUGCAUAAACAAUUGUAUGUAUACACAUACAUAUAUAUGUAUAUAGUGUAAAUAGUGUAUGCUUUAGAGCUAUCAUUUUAUAACGGUCAGACGGUGAUAAGUGGUAGUACAAGUUAUACCUGUGCCACCCACACAAUUGUGUUACGCUGCCAAAAUCUUCUGCCGGAUACGCGAGUCUCAGUUACCAACUAUGAAUGCUGCCUACGAACAAAUGCAAUAAACUUAAAAUAGUGCAUGCGAUAAUUUGAUUGCAACGGUAAAGUGUAUUUAAAGUGUAUGUAUUUAUUGGUAUGCAGAAUAAUUUGCACGGUUGAAACGCGAAAAUUAUGUGGAAUUUUGUGAAAUUUCACAUUUAAAAAUAAUAAUAAUAUAUUUUAUUUGUGAAAAAAUUUUAAAUUUAUUAUAUUUACAUAUAUAAAAUAAAAAUAAUAUGUGAAUAAAAACUAUUCAGUAUUGUACGUGCCAUACUUACUACACAUAAAAAGAAAAACCCCGCCAACAACCCACUCAACGGUUUUUUUUUGCCACAAUAACAACAACAAAAGCAACUGCAGCGACAACAACAACAAAAAGAGCAACAAACUCGCACUACACACACACACACACGCUACUUAUCGGUGUUUUUUGGUAUUUUGUUUUGUUGGAAUAUGGAUUGCAGUCUUGCAGAACAAAAUUCCGUGAAUUCUUUGGACGAAACUAUUAGAAGCCUCACGCAAUUAGCCUCGAGCGGCAGCCCAUUGCGACGCGAAAACACCUUCACAUCAACGUCCACAGCCCAACAAGUGACAGUCUUAUCGUCGUCGCCAUCGUCUACGGCGGCGGCGAUACAAACUGCGGCUGCCAUCAAGCUGCGCAAGUAUAGCGAUCGUUGUCUGACCACAGCCGAGGCCAAAUCGCACACCUACCGCAUCUCGAUGGCGAAUUUGGAGGAGACACAGGAAUCCGAAUUGGAUAUGAUAUUGGGCGAGUUGAGCUUAUUGGAGGCGCAAAUAAAUUGUGGUGAUGCCGCCUUUCUACCCGGUUGUGGUGUGCCCGGUCCACAGCAGCAUGUAAAUCCAUCGAGUACUAUGGCCAUGCACAUGGGUACAGCGCCACCUACACGUACACAUUCGCGUACAAAUUCAACUAUUUCAGGCGCCACCACUAUUUCACUAUCCGGUUCGUCAGAGUGUGGCAGCAGCGCAACAACACAUUCAUUGGCUUCUUCUUCGGGCGUUUCGGAGAAUGGUCAGAGUAGUGUGGGCGGUGGUAGCAGUGUGAGCAGUGUAAUGGGUGUCUCCAUUGGUAUGGGUGGUGGCGGCAGCAGUGGUGUAAGUGGUAGUGGCGGCAUUAUGCGCGAACCACGUACCGAGUCGCCGGACAAUGAUUCGGCUUUUAGUGAUACCGUUUCAUUGUUAUCCAGCGAGUCGUCCGCCUCCAGCAGCGCUAGCUCAGCGUUGCAUCACAAACAAAUGCAACAGUUGCAACAACAACAACAGUUACAGUAUAUGCAACAACAAUUGAGUGGCACUACGUUGAGCAGCAGCAAGGCGGCCAAGAUACAAUUGGCGUUGCACAAGCUGGAGCAUCCAUCCAUACGACGGCUGUUCGUUAAGGCAUUCACCUCGGAUGGUGCAUCGAAAUCGCUUUUGGUGGAUGAGCGCAUGACGUGCGGACAUGUGACGCGGCUGCUCGCCGAUAAAAAUCAUGUGCAUAUGCAGGCAAAUUGGUCUUUGGUGGAGAAUUUGGGCGAUCUGCAAAUGGAGCGUCUCUUCGAGGAUCAUGAGCUGUUGGUGGAUAACUUAAUGACUUGGAAUUCUGAUGCAGGAAACCGUGUGCUCUUUCAGCAGCGCAGCGAUAAGGUUUCGCUCUUCGCCAAACCGGAAAUCUACUUGCCGGGCCCACAAAUGGCACCGGGCAGUCAGCAUGAUGAACAUACGCGCACUAUGCUGUUGGAGGAGUUUUUCGAGACGAAUUCACAGCUGCAGGUGGAUGGUCCGUUGUACAUGAAAGCCGAUUCGAAAAAAGGUUGGAAGCGUUAUCAUUUCGUGUUACGCUCCUCUGGGCUAUACUAUUUCCCCAAAGAAAAGACAAAGAACACACGCGAUUUAGCUUGUCUUACGCUUUUUAGUGGUUACAACGUAUACCGUGGCUUGGGUUGGAAGAAAAAAUGGAAAGCGCCUACAGAUUAUGCAUUCGGCUUUAAGUCAGCCGUAGAUUCUUCAUUGGGCAAGACCUGUCGCACCUUGAAAAUGCUUUGCGCUGAGGACUUAGAGACAAUGGAGAAGUGGAUCACGGCCAUACGCAUUUCGAAGUAUGGCAAACAGCUGUGGGAUAGCCACAAAACGCUCAUGGAUGAUCUCAGCUUGGGUGAUGUUAUGUCACAGAGCAGUUUCGGUGUCUCGAUGCGCAGCGAAUCGAUUAGCAGCAUCUCAUCGGCUGUACCAUCGCAAUGCGGCAGCGUUUCCUCUGCCGUUUCGAGUAUGUCCAAUUCGAGUGGACGCGUCUCACGCGCAUCGUCGUCUUCAUCAAGCGGUUGCCUAUCCGAUGAUAAUAACGGGUUUGACUCCGAAUUCACCACAGGAACUAUUAAACGCAAACCCUCGAUGAAACCCAACCUACCACUGACCACAAUGACGCGUCAGCUUAAAGAAGUCGGCGAAAUAACAAUUUGCGAGGGCAGCGGCGGUGAUGUACAAGACGCCGCCUCACCAGAACGCAGCGGUACGCUAACACGCCGACACAGUCGCCGCAAAUCACAAGAGAGCAACGGUAGUGGCACACUAAAGCGUCGUCCACCCACAGCAGCAGUGGCAAAACGCGGCUCGGCGGAGAGCAUGAACGCAACUGCCUGCAAUUCAUCUGGUUCCUCAAACUCUACGCCCACGCCAACGCCCAGCAUUUGCGCCAAGCCAUUGUUAGAGUAUGAAGCGGCACGCACAACGCCGGUAAAUGAUGCCUCCGCUGUGGCCAACUGCAUGUCUUCAUCGACACUUUCGCUAGACUCCCUACCGCCACCACCACCGCCACCGCCGCUUACCGAUGAACAUGAAAUAUACGGCUCGCAGUUAUCUUUGGUAUCUUUGCCGCCACCGCCGCCGCCCGAAGAGGUUAUGCCUGUGUAUCAACAGACGCCGCAGCAGUUCGGAGCAAUGGCUGGCCUAAAAGCGAAUGGUAUGCCACCAGCAGUGCCGGCGAAACCACAAAAACAACAACAAACACCAGUCAAGGGACCAGCGCCACCAUACAAGGCGCCACCAGAGUACGUGGGUCAGCUGCAUCAGCACAUGCAUAGUGGUAAUGGCGGUAAUAGCGGCAUGAUCGCCUCUGCAACGGUCAAUUUGCCACCACCACCGCCAUCCACGAAUACAGGCACGCAAAAGAAAGUCUCCUUCGCUGAUUCGCCGGUGUUGUUGCGCCGCAAAAUGUGCUCGCCCGAACCGCCAGCGUGCAUAAUACAACAACAGCAACAACAACAGCAGCAGCAGCAAAUGCAAAUGCAAAUGCACGCUCAGCCCAUUUACGGUUAUGCGCCCUGUCCACUACCACCGCCACGCGCUGACUUGACACGCCUCUCUACGAACUCCUCCAAUUGCAGUUCCAUUGACUUUGGCUCGCCCAAGCGCCUGCAAGAGUCCACUUCGAAUCCGCCACGCGAUUUCCUCAAAGAUCUACAACGUGUUAUGCGUAAGAAGUGGCAAGUAGCACAGAAAUGUAAACUCGAGCCGGCAACAACGCCACAUGAAGUGCUCGGCUUUCGUGAUUUCAACGACGAGUUGCACAAUUUGAAUGCCUCUGCCACCACACACUACUACCGUGAGACGGCGAAUGUGAGCAAUUGGGUGCAAGAGCAUUAUGGGGCCGGAGCACCACCACCACCGCUCAGCGAAUAUGCGUUAUAUGAAAAUCUGCACGCGAACGAUGCGCCCAAUGGCAUGGCCGGUACGGCGGUUAUGAUGGAGCCACAAUUCCCUAUGAGCGGCGCGGCGGUGGCUGCAGCAGCAGCAGCACAACGCAAGAAGCGGCCACCGCCACCACCACCAAAACGCAGCGAUUCCACGCACUUGACGCACAGAGUUUAGGGAUGUAGCGGAGGCCAACGUCGCCGGCAUUGGUUUCUGUGCGGUUGGUAGAAUACAAAGAAAAUAGGCGAAAAGUAUGAUGGAGUAAAGAUGAGGAGUUGAUGCAGAGCAAAGCAAAGAGGCAAUGAUCAAAUGAAAGUGUGAGAAAAAGCCCAAGAAAGGUGUUAACUAAGGCGGAUGUGGAACGGAGUUACGGAGAAGAGAGGUUCCGAACAUAUGUGUGGUGUAUGUGUGUAUAUGUAGUGUGGUGCACUACAUACUACUUUGUACUAAGCGAAUAAUGGCUGCAAAUAUAGACACAAAAUAAUGUCCUUUUUAUGUAAUUAAUAAUUAAGCUAUGGGAAGAAAUAUUAAGAAUUUUUUUACAUGCAUACAUACAUACGUAUAUUUACAUAUAUGUUUAUAUAUACAAAAACAAAUAGAUCGGCGUCUAAUUCUCAAGGAGAAUAUACAUACAUAUAGACAAACAUGUAGUGCUUAAGGGAAUAAGCGAAAUCUCUUGUAGACAAACUCAUAAAAAUGCUACUUAUCAAAAUGCUUUCAAAAUGUCUACGCCUAGGAAUUGUACAAUGUAUGCCAUAGUAAUUGAUAGAAAUGUAAAGAAAAGAAUGAUGGAAAUUCUAAAUAGGGUCAGAAAGUAGUUGGCAAAAGAAGUU